AUGCUCACUCUCGAGGCACCACCUUCGACCGGCGUUGAGGUUUCGACUUUUGCUCUUCUCACUGUCUCUUGGAAGCUCCUGAGGAUGAAGGCACUGCUGCUGUCCCUCUUGGUGGGGUGUGUGUUGGGAGCCUCUGUGGAGCGACCGAGGCGUCAGGUCUUCGGUAAUGCCAUUGACCUGCAGUCUUCCCAGGGUUAUCUGCCGCCACGACCUGGCCCCGACUGCCAGCCCUCCACCGUCUACCGAACGCAGACGCAGUACUCCACCCAGGUCGUCCCCUCCACCGUCUACAACAACGACGUGCAGUACCUCACCCAGACCUCCGUCCGCACUCAGCAGGUCUACACCACAAUCUACUCCGAAGUCGUCCGCACUCAGCAAGUCCCGUCGGUGCAGUACCAGACAGUCACCGUCACUCGCACGCAGGACAACGUGCGCACACAGGUCAUCACUCUCCCACCUCAGGUCAGCUAUGUGACCCGCACACAGCAGAGCGUCAGGACUGAAGUUCAGUACCAGACCAGAUACGAGACCCGUACUCAGCAGGUCCCCACCACCAUCACCAGGAACGUUGUGUCCACACAAGUGGUACCUCAGCAGGUGGUCAGCACUAUCUACCAGACACAGACGGUUACCAGGACGCAGCAGGCACCAGGUCAGACGCGUACUGUCGUCAGCACUCAGUACAGCACGCAGUAUUCCACUGUGGUCGUGCCCGCACAGGACGUCGUCAGGACGACGGAAGUAGUCAGGACCAACGCCGUCACGCAGACCAUCACUCAGCCCGGCCAGACCCGCGUCGUCACCUCCACGCAGGUGGUCCCCGUCACCACAACCAUCUUCUCGCAGGUGGUUCUCACCAACACCCAGACUCAGUACGUGACACGCACACAGGUACAGCAGCAGGUGUCCACCGUCGUGCGCACGCAGCAGGUGCCGCAGUAUAACACCAGGACUGUCACAGUGCCUCAGCAGGUGGUGAGGACCCAGGUGUCCACCCAGGUGGUUCCCACAACCAUCUACUCCCAGCAGACAGUUCCUUCCGUCGUCAACCUCCCAGCCCAGACGCAAUACGUCACCGUCACACAGACGUCCGUCAUUACCCAGCAAGCUCCUGGUCAGACCCGCACCCAGUAUGUGACCAGUACAGUGUACAACACCAACCAGGUGACGUCCACCGUGUUCAACCAGCAGUACAACACCGUGACAGCCACCAGCACUGUCCAGCCCAAUUGCAACACCGGCUACAACUACCCCGAGCCAUCCCAGGCCUUCAAUCCCUUUGGAAAAUAAUCAUAAAAUGCCAAAUUUGUAAUGUAACUAAUAUAACUUAGGUGUGCUACGCAGUAGUGUGAAUAUACAUUUUGACAAUGUUCAUAUGAUAAGCUACAAGGAUCUUAUCAAAUGUACUUACGCUGUAUUUAAUAAAUUUUAUGUUUCCCAA